AAGAUUUUUCCCAGGGCCUGGGAGGGAAGGUUACAGGCAGUUUUUGUUUACUUUUUUUUUAGAGAACCAGUUGUUACCAAAUCCAAGCUCAUGCCGCUCUCCACACUCAUGUCAGUAAAUUGGGAGACCAAGUUAUUGGGGCAAGGAAAGUGACUUUAUUCAGAAGGCCAGCAGACCAAGAAGAUGGUGGACUCAUGUCCGAAAGCACCAUCUUAACCCAGGGUUGAUUGCAAGCUUCUUUUAUGUUAGGGGGAGCAGAGGGGGUCAGGGGCAGGUUUAGAAGUGACUGAUGGCUGCAAACAUCUGGCACCCGUGAGGGUCCCAGGAGAGCUGAGCAGCUUCCUGUCCUCGGUUAGUUGCCUCUCACCCACCCGGGUCUGGUCAUGGUGUUCCUAAGACUCUUUGAUAAGACAAUCAUUAUUUUCACACCUACUUCCUUAUCUCCUGGAGGAGGCAAGCUUCGGGCAAGGAGUUACUUGCAGAAAUCUCAAAUUGCCUGCAAAAUUAAUGUUGAUUAAGAAGCCUGUGUGCAGGGCCCCAGAGCUGAGCAAAAGCCUUUUUCCUUUGUUUCCCUUCUGGCCCAAAGUAGCAAAGGAGACAAAUACAGCGUGGAGGAAGAGAGGCCACUUUUUCACUCGGUUACACAAUCACAGCAAGGCAGAUAGAGUGCUGAGUUGUCAGAUUGUGAUGCAUCGGAUGAAGGCAGGGCGCAUCAAGGUGAACUCGCUGCCCUCUCAUUGGUGAUUGGUGCGGGAUGUUUGGCCCCAGGUGUGGCCUUGGUCUCUCCUGCGCACGCACAGUGUCCCUCCAGCUUCGCGGAGCGCUCUCCCAGCUGAGCACUCGAUUCUGUUGGUUUAAGUCUCUCCAGGCCUGGCGCCGCGUCAAGCGCCCGGUUCCUUUACAGUUUUACCAAAACGGCCACAGAAAUGCAAGGUCCUACAGCUGCACUAGGAAUUAACAGUCGGGGAGGCAGGAAUGCGCGGUGCACCACGGUGGGAUUUUGGCUGAAACCACAAGCCUUCUACCCCUGUCCCCUGCGCGCUUAAGGCGUCUCUGGAUGACGUGCCUUGAGGAUGGGAAGUGGGAAUCCGCUGAAAGCUUUAGAGAAGUCCCUGGGUGGGGUGGGCUAGAGCUUGGAACGGGUUGCCGUUUACUCCCCGCUCUGCUUCACAGGGAUGGGGGCGGGGACCAGCAGGACUUUGGAACCGCUACUGGAGGUGUUGCAGAAAGUGCGCAAGGUCCUCCUGCACGCACGGCGCCACGGCGCCACGGCCCCAACCGCCGUAGGCAGCCCAGGCCGCAGCAGCCCCGACCCGGCCUCCAGGCUGCAGGUGCGGAGCCGCCCCGCCAACACUCACCGCUCCUUGCCGCUGGACGCGCUUGGAAGCCGGGGGUCGCACGCGGGUCCCUGCGCGUCCCGGGAGGGCAGGGGGCGGGCCCCGAAUCGCCGACUGUCUGGGCGCGUCACGGGCGCCCGCUCCUCAUUGGCCGGCCGCGGCGGUCAUGGGCCCGGACACCGGGAUUGGCGCCGCCCGCGGGCGGAGCCGGAGUAACGGGACUCCCGGCUGCGGGUCACAGCCCAGGUGCCCGGGGGGCUGGCGUCGGCGCCGAGCCCAGAGAGGGAGCCUGGCCGGGACGCGCGCACCAUGCCCUACCUGCUCAUCAGCACCCAAAUCCGCAUGGAGGUGGGUCCCACCAUGGUGGGUGAUGAGCACUCGGAUCCAGAGCUGAUGCGGCAUCUGGGGGCCUCAAAAAGAAGCGUCUUGGGAAACAACUUUUGUGAGUACUACGUCAACGACCCUCCCCGCAUUGUCCUGGACAAGCUGGAACGCAGGGGAUUCCGUGUGCUGAGCAUGACAGGAGUGGGCCAGACACUGGUGUGGUGCCUGCACAAGGAAUGACUCUCACGCCAAGGAGUGGACGGGACACCCCUUCUUUCAGUGGUCGCCAUGGGCCCUGGCCCCAAGCCCCUGCCUGCCCCCCUCGCUGCUCUGUCCCUCUUCCCAAAUCAUUGUUCUCCUUGGCCUAGCACCACUCGGCAGGGAAUGGCCUUCUCUGAAACCUGCCUCAGCCAGUGGGUGGGGGGUGGUCAGGGCCUGCAGCCCUGGUGCUCCCAGCCCCCCUCCGCUUCAGGCCUGGAGGCCAUUCCCUGUGGGCAGGCUAAGGUGGUGGCAAGAGCCAGCCUGGCCUUGGCGAGAAUUGGCACCCCUGAGGAGCCUGGCCCCAGGACUGGGCACAUGGGCGGGUCCUGUGUGGUGAGUCCAAGCCAAUAAAGCGCUGUGAUGAGUG